AUGUACGAAACAGCAUGCAAUCUAGAAGGCAGACAGAGACAGAUUCCCUUCUCCCAACUCCUUCGAAAUGACAAACUUCGGCAUCUUGGUUCGAGUAAUAGCCCAAUCUCCGACCUCUAUGUUACGGUGCAGUUAUGGGCGAGCUGCAAGCCAAUAGGCGUUCCUAUGCAAACCGCAUACAAAUCGUUCAAGGCUAGUCGCACAUGGAAUGAGUGGCUGGACUUGCCGGUUUUGGUCAAGGAUGCUCCGCAGAACUCUCAAUUAGCCAUAACUAUCUGGGACCUUGACCCAAUGGGCGAUGAUUCAUUCCACGGCCAUUCAACUCCAUUUGGUGGUACUACAAUCUCCCUUUUCGACGAGGAUGGCACACUGAAGAAGGGCAAGCAAAAGUGCAAGGUAUAUAGGCAUAACGCAGCGGACGGAUAUUCGAAUACGAAAACCCCGAGCCUUCCUGCUUCAAAGCGCCGAACUGGACAGUUCGUCGAAGAAGGCCCCACACAACAGGAACUAGAGCUGGAGCGUCUCGAGAAGCUCCUUAAAAAGCACGAACUGGGCGAGAUACAGAGGGUCGAUUGGCUAGAUCAACUGGUGUUUCGAGCAGUGGAAAAGAAAAAGCUUGAAGCUGAGGAGGCCGCAAGGAAGCGUGCCCUACGGAAUAAGGUAGCUCGAGAAAGGUUUCUGGCGGAGACAAAAGGAGAAACGAAUGGCGCCGACGAUGAGAGUAUAGACGACGAGAAUUUCGUGCUCUAUAUCGAGUUCCCGCGUUACGACUUUCCUAUUGUCUUUCAAGAUUUUGAGUACUCGCCGCCUCCUAUCUCUUCGUUUUCCCAGCAGAAUGCGUCUAUGAGCCAAACACUUCGCCCGCCGCCCGAAGUGCGACUCGGCCCAGGGAUUGAAGGUUCCCCAGAUGACUACGAUGAGUAUCCCGUUAUUAAGAUCUACGACCCUGAGGUCGGGCAAAGAGGAAAUCCAUGUGAGGAUAAACAUCGUAGACUGGUCCGGAGCCAUCGGACAGGAAUCAUGGACCGCGACUUGAAACCCAACUCAAAGAUUCGAGAUGAACUGAAUGAAAUCAUGUCCUACGGCCCCACGCAAGAACUAAAUUCGGAAGAAAAGGAUCUGGUCUGGAAAUUCAGAUACUAUCUCACGCGUGAAAAGAGAGCCCUAACUAAAUUUGUCAAAUCCGUCAACUGGCAAGAUACUAAUGAGGCUCGUCAGGCUGUUGAUAUCCUUCCAAGAUGGACCGAGAUUGAUGUUGAUGAUGCUUUGGAGUUACUUGGCCCGACUUUUGAUAACCCGGCCGUUCGGGCUUACGCGGUUGAGCGUCUUAGGAAGUCCGAUGAUGAAGAACUGUUACUCUAUCUUCUGCAACUUGUGCAGGCCCUGAAAUACGAAGUGGUUUCGCAACAUACAGAGGAUGAUCCUACCCAAGACUCAUCGUUAACCAACUUCUUAGUCACUCGAGCCGCCCAAAAUGUUCUGCUCGGGAGUUACCUUCAUUGGUAUUUGAUGGUCGAGUGCGACGACAAUACCGGUAAUUCCUCUGCUCAUCGUGACCUCUUCGCACGAGUGGAAUAUUACUUCAUGGUUGAGCUAGAAAGGGUCAACCCUGAUGAGAGAAAAACGCUGUUGAGGCAAGGCGAACUUGUUACGGUGCUCUCGAAAAUUGCUAAGGAUAUCCGGUUCUCGAAGGUCAAUCGCACUGCUAAAAUUGAGCAACUAAAAAAGUGUUUAGCGGAUCCUAAAAAUGAAAUUGUACAAAUCGACCCUCCUUUACCGCUACCGCUGGAUCCUUCAAUUCGGAUUGUUGGCUGUUUCCCCGAAGCGGCCAACGUUUUUAAAUCAUCGCUGUCUCCGCUCCUCAUUAACUUCAAGCUCUCAGAUGGACGAAAAUAUCCCGUCCUAUUCAAGGUCGGAGAUGACCUGCGACAGGAUCAGCUUGUCAUUCAAAUCAUUAGCCUUAUGGACCAGUUGCUGAAAAAGGAAAAUUUGGACUUGAAACUCACACCAUAUCGCGUCCUUGCUACAAGUGCAAACGCUGGUGCCAUGCAGUUCGUCCCGUCGACGUCGCUCUCCGCCGCUUCAACCAAGUACAAAGGUUCUAUCCUUGCGUUCUUGAAAGCAAAUAAUCCAGAUGAAAGGGAGCCUCUGGGUGUCAGAAAAGAAGCAAUGGACACUUACAUCAAAUCGUGUGCUGGAUACUGCGUUAUCACUUACCUGUUGGGUGUUGGAGACCGUCACUUGGAGAACCUCCUUCUAGCACCGGACGGACAUUUCUUCCACGCCGACUUUGGGUUUAUCUUGGGUCGUGAUCCGAAGCCGUUCGCCCCUAUGAUGAAGCUUUCCAAGGAGAUGAUAGAAGGGAUGGGCGGUGCUAAUUCGCCGAAUUAUCUUCAGUUUAAACAACAUUGCUUCACCGCGUAUACCACCUUGCGCAAGUCAGCGAAUCUAAUCCUCAACUUGUUCAGUCUGAUGGUAGACGCGAAUAUUCCUGACAUUCGUGUUGAGCCUGACAAAGCAGUGCUGAAAGUCAAAGAGCGGUUCCAUCUUGAGAUGAGCGAGGAGGAAGCGAUUCGGCACUUCGAACAGCUGAUUAUAGAGAGUGUCAACGCGAUCUUUGGGGCCGUCAUUGAUCGGAUUCAUGAUUUGGUUCAGGGCUGGAGAGCGUGA